CGCAAGAGGUCUCACCUCGCCUCAAUGCCUCGUUGUCAUUGGCCCUUGGAAUGUUGCGAGAAGAUAUGCGAGAAAGGCGAGACAGGCCCCGGGACUUGGACGCCAUCGUCGACGUGGCGGACGACAUGUAACUAGCUAGAGGGCGCGCUGUUGAUGGAAAACUUCGACCUCACCUCCUUCCGUGAAGCCACGAUGGCGCCGUUUGCUGCAGACGACGUGACACAGCGUCCGAGUACGGCGCAUGUCGUGACACCGCAGGAUGAAAACGGCAAUACCACAACACGUCCGCAGACAAGCAGCGCCGCCAGCUCUCGACACGCCAAACGACUGCAGCUACGCAAUGCUGGCUUUCGCGCUGCUCCCGUGCCAACGAGAAAGGUCACGCCCAGGUCUUCCCACCCCUCGAGCAGUCUGUCGGGCAUGCGCAGCUCGCCCGACAUCGAGAACAUCUCGCCCAAAGCCACGCCAGCCCCGAGGGUCGUGUCCAACCGACGACGAUCCAGUGGUGUGCUGCAAGAGAUUGGAAAUUCCUCCUCCGUCACCCAUCGGCCCAAGAGAGUGCGAAAGCGUUUGAGCAAAGCUUUCGACCUUGUUGAGGGUUUCCACGACCCACCUUCCCCUCCUCCUCGCCAGUCACCCUCUCCCCCACCGACUCGGUCGCGAUUUCCCAGACUGUCGUGGAAGUCCAAGCCCGCGGUCAGCCAUCGGCGGCGCACAGCCAGCUCGGAGAUGUCCAAGUACAUCGACCACCUCGAAGGCCAACUGGCAGCGGCGGAAUCUCGCAUUUCCACGAUCAACUCGCCCAGCGUCAUUCGCGAGCAACGGAACCACAACGUCGAGACCAAGCAGCUGCAGGAAGAUCUGGCGGACUGGGAAAACAAAUACGAACAGCGCGUGCAAGAGGAGGUGGAUCGACAUGUGGUCAUCGAGACGGACCUGAGAGCACGCAUCCGCCACUUGGAGCUGGAGGUCGAGGAGGCCAAAUUCCGCGUACAGGAAUUGGAGACGCAAGUCGACACCACCAAACAGAACAUGGAAGCCGUGGAGUGCGCCAACGUCAGCCUUGAGAAGCGGCUGGAGAUGCUGAGCGAGCUCCUCGCCUCCACCAAAGUCGACCUGCACGCGGAGACGCCGGGCAGGACAAAACGACACUCACGCCCAAAAUCGAUGCUGCCUCGCUUCCCGACUGCAAGCACCCUGCACGGCUCCCCAGAGAGAUAUGCGCGCACGUCGCCGUCUUCCCCUAGGCCCUCGUACGCCAGUGUCCACUCUCCCCGCCCGAGCAUCCACGGCUUCGACGGCUCCCCUGGACACUCCGACUACUUCAUGUCCGAGGCGGAGUCGAUCUUCAGCGAAGACUCCCUGACAGCCGAUAGUAUGACUUCGGUCGAGCAUUCCGAGGCCCCGGCCGGCUACAAUCCCUGGAACCUGCCGAUCCGACAGAACAACACCGUCAAGCCCGCGCGGCGCAUGAGGAAGUUCGGGGCCGGUAGUCUUGGGCCCAAGCCACUCAUCUUGCCCGCCACGUCGAAUCGCGAACCGUACGAGGUCCACCACACCCCUCCUCCCCUCGAGCACAGGAAGACGGCUCCCGAAUCCUUGCUGAAGUGGGCCAAGAUCCCCGACGAAAGCCAUGGCCGCAGCCCAUCUCCCGCCAGACCUCGAGCCUCCACAACUGCGAACGAACUGACAGUCCGUAAACUUCAGGAAUCCCCGUUUGCACGUGUUGAGGAGCAUACGCUGCUGGAAGACACCUUGGUCAGUCUGACGCCUCCUCGCUCGCCCGAGUCAUCGGGCACGCCGAGGAUACUCUCUUCUCGCGUAUCGUCGAUUGAUGGUGUGCUCGGUCGCAAUCUCAUGGAGGAAUUGACUGCAGCACGCGCGGUCGAAACUCCCGGAAGUGAGGUAGCCCCGAGUGACGUCGUCGAACUGAAAACUGGUUUGAAGGAAAGCAACGGGGACGCAGACAGUCCAACCGGAAACAGCUUGGCGGAGAACAAAGUGGUCGAAACAGAUUUCGCGGACCCCAGCUCUGGAGAGAACAGCCUUGUCAAAGUCGAUUCGGAAGCCAGCAGCGACGAAGUCGAAGGAUGGGACGUCGUGCCACCCACCGACUCCUCAACGGAUCUCAUAGAGACGGCAUCCACAACAGCCACAGUCGGAGCGACUUCAUCAACGGCCACCCUUCGACCCGGCCAUCGAAGAAGUCACUCUCGCAACGUCGGCAUUCCCGGCAAAGGCGGCACCGACUCAACCUUCGGCCGACUACGCCUCCUCUUCGGCGACCUCUGGCGCUCCCCCGUCACCAUAGCACGCUACCUCAUCCAAACCGCGCAAGCGAAAAUGAGCAUCCCACGGCCCUUGCUGAACGUACAGUGGUGGCUGGUGGGCAUAUUACUAGGCCCCAUGAUAAAAUCCCGUAUGCUGGCCGCCAAACAACGCUGCUGCGAAGACGCGGAGCAACGGCCUCUACUGCAAACACCAGAACCGGACGAUAGUCCGCCGCGGACGCCAGACAUGGCCCACAACUCAGUGCACGAGACCCCGCCAGAUCCAACCCCGCCGCCCGGAGGCGCGAAGCUGCAUACUCAUCCUACUGGGGCGCCGAGGAGCAUGAAGCGCGUGGUGCAUAAGGUGCGCUGCGUGCAUCAUCGCUCGAAGCACAGUCCGUGGCUGUGGAUCAAGUUCUCCCUUACGCUGGCUUUUGCCAUUGGCGCCGCGUUCAAGGACGGGCCGGGGAGUUUGCUGAAGCAGACUGUGUGUUCGUGCCGGCGGAAAGAGAUGGAGGGGUUGGCGGCGUCGCAGAAUAGGAAGGCGAUUACGCUGUGAGAUUUGCUGGGAGGUUGGUUCUUAAUCAUUGUUUUCUGACGGUCGGAUUGCAUUGCAUUUUCUGGGUUGGGUUUCUCUCUCUCUCGUAUGUACUCUAUACUCUGCUACGGCCUGGAGAUUUUUCUUUGGUUGGCUCUUGGGAUUGGGUAUGGGAGGGUCGGUUAGAUAAUGUGGUUUUUUAUUGUUGUGUUGGUAAUGAGCGAAGCUAUCGUUGAUCUCGUG